GGUUUCUUAAGACUCCCUUGAUGCUGCUGCUUUGGAGUCAAUUAUGAUGUCAUAGAAGAUUAGGGCAUCUUGUCGGGGAUAAACCAUCAAAGCAGAUGGACUCAGAGAUCCCCAGCUGCCUUUGGAACUCUGAUGCCCUUCCCCAGGGAUGCUAGGAAUGUGCCACCUCCCUCCAGGCUGGCGGCUGCUUCUCCUCAUUGGAGGCCUUUUUAGACCUGGCCUUGCAUCCAGCUCUGCUGGGGAUGGUUCGAGAAGAGGGGGAGACUAGCUGGGAGGCAAGAAUGAUGUGGAGUGAACACUCUUAUCAAGGAUUGUCUGUGCUGUACCAGACCUUGGUAGCACACCGGAUUUGGCACCAGAGGCUGGUGGACACCUCUGCUCAGUCACUAACCUGGGGGUCCCCUGGCCAGCUGUGUAACUGGUUCAGCCUUGGUUUCUCAGCUCUGUAUGGGGAGGCGGUGGGGGUAACAGCACCUGCCGCAUAGGCUGUUUCCCGAGGUUCAAAUAGGAUGACGCCUGUGGGGUGGAUGCUGAGGGAGGGUGAGGACAACGUUGAAGAGGAAUGCAAACAGGGGGCUGAGAUCUGCUUUAGGUUUUCAAGUAGUGGAGGUUACACAGUAUUCCUGACCUUUCUCUUCUUUGGGACACCUGGUUCUUUUUGUUUUAAUUCCUCCCGGCUGAUCUAAACCUUCUUUCAGGCUUCCAGUUCCCGCCCUUGUGUUACACAAAGGACCAGUAUCAGCUAUUUGUACCUUAGUGUGAAUGAUUUUGUUCAUUUGUUAUAUCUCCCUGGAUAUUUGCAUUUUCAAUAUAAUGAGGUUGCAUUUUAUGCCAGGGACAAGUGCUAGGAGACCCUGCAUAAUUCAAAACCAACAUAUUUUAAGACUAAUUUUCCCAUAGGAAUUAAUGUAAAAAGUAGGAGGGGGGAUGUAUUCUGGAAGCACAUAAAUCCAUAACUGGUGAAGUGUAUCUUUGCCUUAAUGCUACUUUUUAUUUUCUCAGCACUCUCUCUAAUACCUUGCAGAAUGCUCUCUCCUAAAUUAACAGCCUAGGAUAUCGUGGUCUCGCUUGGCCUUCUUCAUAGCGUUUUAUCACAUUUAACUUCCGUACCAAAGUUAUUGAUUUUUGGGUACAUUUUUCAGCACGAGCACUGCCACCACUACUUAAUGAAUACUUGGAUGACAUUGUUAUAGGAUAUAAAAAAGAUUUUAAAUUAUAAUAACAGUGAAUGUUAAAAUAACAGCAUAAUAGUCCCCAUAAUCGCAAGAAGAAAGUCCUGUGCACAUAGACAGCAGUUCUGGACCAGUGGGCCACCGACCCAGGAUGACGGCUAUACCCCAGUGGCCGUGGCAAAGAAAACCAUUUCUAAAUAAUUAGGCCAGCCUAUUUAAAAAUUAGACAAUUCUUGAUGAAUUAAUUUUUUUUGCUGGUUUCAUUAUUUCAAAUUUUAUAUCUCAAGACUGUAUUGAUGUUUUAAAAGGGCACUAUUUCCUGUUGGCAUCAAAGGCUGUCAUGCUGUUCUCUUUACAAAUAUGGGCAGAAGGGAUUGAUUCCUUAUGACAGAAUUUAGAGAAUUUUGGAGGUUUUCUACAGUCUGCCACAGUGGCUCUGGGAGCUUUCUCUUUGGAUCCAGGGCUCCAGGGAGGGGUUGGGUGGCUGGGGUUUGAGGACAGUAAUGGCUCUGAAGAAGGAAACAGCCUGAGAAGAGAGGACUGGGGACUUCAUGCUCCCUCUGCCAUGUACAUGACAGUGGUGUGGACUCGGCCUGCACAACUGAUUCUUACAACAUGGUGCCCGGCUCAGGGCAGGCUGUGUUGUCCCAGGCUUCAGAGUGGGGAGGCCACAGGCCCAUGUCACUCCCUCACUCAACAAGAAUGUCAAACCCAGGUCUUCUGGCUGCAAGAAACCCUUUUUAGAAUUGUCAUGAGAAUUGUUUGCCCAUAAAGUUCUCAGCUCACACCAGGCACAUAGUAGGUGCUUAGCAAAUGUUGGCCAUUAUUGAUCAUCAGAGAGGGUUUUCUUGAAUGGAAAGGAAAGAAAAAAGAGAGGAAGGUAGAGAUGUAGCAGAGACAUGUUAAAGGACACAGGGGAGGGAACCCAGAAAACCCAGAGAGCCAGGGAUGCCGUGGUGGUUUGUUGACUGAGUGGAGGUGCCAUACAGAGAGCAGAUGGAAGUCUAGUGCUGGGACAGGAGACCAAGCGUCCACACCUGCCUGUGUGCUCCUGCAUGCACCGGGCGCCUCUCUGCCUCUGACUGGACAAACCAGCUCUGACUACCAGGAACACCAGGCUUAUCUGCUCAGAAUCCACUUGAGAAUGUUGCUCGGUCAGUGGGUUGUCCUGAACACUCUUCAGACCAGUGGUUUUCAAAAAGUUUGACUAUGACCCCGAAUGACUCCGAGGCCGGAGCUAAGCGGCCCAGGACCACCAUCACAGCCAAGCAGCUGGAGACGCUAAAGAACGCCUACAAGAACUCCCCCAAGCCCGCCCGGCACGUGAGGGAGCAGCUGUCAUCGGAGACGGGCCUGGACAUGAGGGUCGUCCAGGUUUGGUUUCAGAACAGAAGGGCCAAGGAGAAGCGCCUGAAGAAGGACGCGGGGCGGCACCGCUGGGGGCAGUUCUAUAAGAGCGUCAAGAGGAGCCGCGGAGGCAGCAAGCAGGAGAAGGAGAGCUCUGCAGAGGACUGUGGGGUUAGUGACAGUGAGCUGAGCUUCCGAGAGGAUCAAAUUCUCUCAGAACUUGGCCACACCAAUAGGAUUUAUGGCAACGUGGGGGACGUUACAGGCGGACAGUUAAUGAAUGGGAGCUUCUCCAUGGACGGGACAGGACAAUCCUAUCAGGACUUGAGGGAUGGGAGCCCUUAUGGAAUCCCCCAGUCUCCCUCCUCCAUAUCGUCCCUGCCAUCCCACGCUCCUUUGCUCAAUGGGCUGGAUUACACGGUGGACAGUAAUUUGGGCAUCAUUGCGCAUGCAGGGCAGGGAGUCAGCCAGACGCUGAGAGCCAUGGCUGGGGGACCCACCUCUGACAUCUCCACAGGAAGCAGUGUAGGCUAUCCCGACUUUCCAACUAGCCCAGCCUCUUGGCUCGAUGAAAUGGAUCAUCCUCCUUUUUAAACAUCUCUCCUCCCCACCCUACCCGUCCUGGCUUGAGAAAAUAUCUUCAAGGAUCAAAAGAGACUUGCCUUUUAAGGAUCAAAAGUGCGCCAAUGUGAAUUUCCAUUAUUUUCAAUGGAAGUCCUCCGCUGAUCCCUAGGUGGUCGAGAGACCACGCUAGGGCCCUGUCAUCCCGGGGAAGUAGUGGGAAGGCGGCCUCCUCCCAGAACACAGCACAGGGGCGCAGAGCCUAGAGCGCUAGGGUGCUGCUUGGUGGCUUCCUACCCCCGUCCUGCUUACAGGCUUUGGCUGCUCGGUGCUUGUUGGCACGAGGUGACUGUCAGGCCAUCUUGGCCUUUGGGAACUCUGCUCCGACGAGUGUGUCUCAUGAGCUGCCUCCUGAACCACUGCUCUCUCCAGAACUGAGAUUCCUAAGGUAGAGGCAUCAUGGCCCUUGAGUAUAAUAAAAGUGAUUUCUGGACCACCCUAUUGAACGCUCAUUUUGAAAAUAAAAAAUCACUUAUUAAAGGUCAGUGAAAACUUUGAUGGCCACCGUUUGAUAUUGAAAAUGUCCCCCCUUCUUUUUUUUUUUUGCUGUGAAAAAUAUGACUUCUUCCCUGCCCAGAAGUACAAGCCAGACGAUAUUUGUCAUUUUGGGUUUUUAAGAAAUCCUGUCCCUCUCACUGAAUCCUGAUGGCAAGAAGUGGUUUUCCUUGCAGGUGACUCAGGCUGGAGCUGAGUGGCCCUGGACCAUCACAGCGACGGCCCGACGAGUCCCCUCGGUGCACAGUGUGCCUUUUUAAUUUGCUCCUAUCAUUCAUUCCACAAGACAGGCUGUGGGUCGCAAAGGGAUCAAAGCUAAAAUUCGGAGAGAACAGAACGACAAUCAGUGCACUCGGGCAGGCGCGCCGGGACUCUAACCAUGCCCGCCGCUAGCUUAGCCGUGGGCAGACGUGCCUCCCCGAGCUCCCCAUCCCGCGGACUGAGAUGAUACCACGUCAUUCUUGCGGGAGCCGGUGUAGGUGAGCUCGCGAGCCCAUCCGGCCAGCAGCCAGCCCUCCCCAGCCCUUUACAAAAGAGAGCUUUCUCUGGGGUAGCUGACUCAGCGGGACAGCGCUGGUCUCUUCCCAAAACUAGUAAUGCUUUCUGGCCUAGCUUGGUUGGGAGGAAGCCCUAGGGAGCAGCCCUGAGAUGGUGCGAAACGUUCUGAGCAUUGGGGGGUUGCAGCUCCCAGGCUCUGCGGCCCCAGAGGCAGCGCUCCCCAGCCAGGGGCUGCAAAGACCCUCGGCUUGCAGGCUGGCUCUAGCCCCUCACCCAGCUGGAGGCGCCCCCCACCCCCCCACCCCGCGCAGACUCCACAGCGUCCUCAGCGUGGAGAGGCCACGCUGAGCAGGUGGUGCAGCAGGGAGUUCCCCAUGAGCACGCAGUGGUUAGCCAGGCGGGCCUUCGGCCGGACCCCUUGGGAGAUGGUGGUUCGCCUCUUGCUGCCUCCAUUCUCUUCAGCACGAUCAGAGAGUAGGAAAGGGUAAGUAGGCAUUGCCUUUCCUUCACGUGAAGUGAUGAGGCCACAGAUCCUGAGGGGCUUCCCUUCUGUGAAUGCUUCGUCACCUUUGAGGACCACGAGAUUUAGGCAUAUGCUGGGCGGGCUAAAGGAAGACACAAAACACUUCCACUGUGGCCACUGCAUCUACCAUAACCUCCUUUACAGGACUAAACUGAGGUCAGGCAACCUUCUUUAAAACAUGUAAGUCAGUAGAGUCCUGGCAUCAGCCUUCGGGCCACCUUUGCUCUGAUCGGUUUGGAUUGUACCCUUAUUUUUUGGUGUGCUGCAAUUGCUGUGAUUUUUGCUUGGAGAGUCCACAAAUAUAGACUUCUUAAGGCUCCGGGUGUAGGGAUGGUGGUGUGUUACACCCAGCCAGUUGGCUACUGGGAAUUCCCCAGUAGUGCAACACUGGGAGUGAGGGCGGGACACAAAUGUAAGACCAGAAGCCACGCGAAGGAAAGGAAGACCAGCUGUCUUUUAGGAGGACAGCUGCUUACACACACUAGUCUCAGCAGGCUGCUUACCCUACGCAGGAGAAAGGGUAGGGCAGUGAACCAGUUGCAAACUGUUCCACCCAGCCCAGUCUCGCGGGUUUUGACUCUUUGGUCUCGUAUCUCAUGAGACCUCAGAGGACCUUCAUGUUUUUGGGGGAUUACGGUGCAGCUGGGGGGGAAGACUCUCUAGGGAGCCAUGCCCGCUCAGCGUGGCAGUUUUUUUUUAAGAGCAGCUGAAGGUCACCUGUUUUAGUUUCUGUACGUAACUUCCUCAUGCUCACUCCUGAUUCAAUGGUGGGAGACUGGGAGGCUGUCCCUAUUCCCACUAGUGACAGAGGUCUCUUGCGGCACUCAGUGAGCGGUGCAGUCGGUGGCUGUCGUAGCCUCUUUGGUUUCGGAGGGGUUGGUUGGCUUGCAGAGCCCUGGCGAGAGCACUGGCCAGAAAGCCAGUGGGGGGAGCUUGAAGGAAGUUCCCUAAGCCUCCGGCCCAGAAAGCAGCAAACGCUGGUGCCUCAUUUAGAAGUACAGCCGCAAGAGGCCUCGGAUUCGAAGUGGAUCGUCUUACAAGUGAGGUUAGCACGUGGAUGGGCCAGUGGCAUCCAGGAGCCACAACAUGCCAAGACUUCCUUGGCUCUUCUGUGGUUCAGAGAGGGAGAAUAGAACGUCACCUUGAGAUUCUCUUCAAGGCACUCCUCUAUUCCUCAUCACAGUGAUAGUCUAAUAUUAUGGUAUUAGUCUGUUACUGAGGUAUAAGGUGCUACAUAGGAGCUGUUCCCUCCUUACUAAAACAAUAUGGAUGAAUUUUGGAAAACGAAAUGAGAACUUCUAGAGGCAUUUACAAUAUUUGGAUUUGUCUUUGGCUCUAAGAGGGCAAUUAACUAGCAACCAUUUUCUGCUGUGCCCGGCUGAUCUUAGGGUAGGAGGCUUCUGAAUCCAGGAGUCAAGUUAAAGACAAAAAGAAAAACAAAAACCCCCAGUUUCCAGGGAUAACUAGUAUGAGCAAAAAUGGGACCUGAGCAGCUAUAGAAGAAUCUACAUUUGUUGAGAAGUAGGAAAAGCAUAGAGGAACUACCAAAUCCAGGGGCUCAGCCAGCCCUCUAGGUGAAUCGCACUGCUGGGGAGCCUGGCUCCUUUCGGGGACUUGCUGUGCAACUCGAGGCAAACUGCUGUCCAUCUUCGUGCUUUCUCUUUCCUGCCCCAUCUGGUAGUUAUGAAAAUAACGUAAAAUGAAAACCAACUACCAUACUGAUAACAUUAUUCCUGCAAACUAGGAUGGUGAAACAUCAGGGAAAGAGAACGAGACCUAAAACAAGCAUUUGGGAGUGUCUUUAAAACUUGGUCAUUUUUGUUUUUGUUUUCUUGCCAGUGUAAAACAUGAAAUCUAGUAGGAUCACUGGGGCCAUUAGGUCUGCAUAAUUACGUUCACACUGCAAAAAGUGUGAGAGAUCUGUAGAACAAAAGACAUGAAUGCCUCUGAAGCUCCAGCUGGUUAUUCUGAAAUGACUGCCUCCUUGCAGGAGGGGCUUCAGGGCUCCGGCUUAGCAGAAGUGCUCCAUGACAGUGCUCUGACUGGUGUCCAUGCUCCCAUGGAACCCCUCCCACGCACCACUACUGACAACCCGGUUAUAACCGUGGAAAUGAUGACCAUACCUCCUCAGCCAGCAGGGUCUGGAAGGACUGAGGAGGCUCAUUUUUAAACAUUGCACUUUAAAAAUUGGAAACCGUGAGAUGAAGAAAAAUUCAAUUAAGCGGAAAUGAGUUUUGUUUUAUUGGCUGCUGCUGACGGGCUCUGGGCAUGCUGAAAGCUAAAUAAAAAGCACAUCACUGGCUCUCUCUUUCUUGGAUUGGUCAAUUGGCCCUUUUUGCAGUAGUUGCUCCAACUGCUCUAACAUGGGGACUGGAGCCAAAAAGAGAGAGCACGGCAAAGCCAUCCCAUCCACACACUGCUUGGUAGGACCCCACGGAAAGCACAGUUUCAUGCUGCUAGCUCUGGUGAGGAGACAGCUGCAGGUUUGGGAGGUGUGCCAAGCAUUCCUUUCCUUAAGGGAGGCAGAGCACAGGUGGACAGAGAAGGACACCCCCACUCGCGUCUGCUGCCCACCUAGAGACAAGAAUCAUUUGUACUUCCCCACUUGAGGACUGUGUUCAGCCAAUCAUGUGGGUUCAGGGCUGCAGGGCCCCAGAAGCUGCUCUGAACUUGCAUUCAGACCUCAAAGUCCCAGAUCCCCUACGCUCUGGAUUGUUGCCCUCACCCUUUGCAGUGUAAAUUUUGUACAGUUAAAAAGAAAUGAAGUCUCAUUUCCUGGGGGAAAAAAAAAA